AUGCACUCUGGGUUACGAAAUGACCGCUUUAUCCCUGGGUUCAGCCCCAAGCUUGACAAAGAACGAUCUAUGAAGCCUAAGGGCAAUGUCAGAUCGCAUCUCAAGAGGUCCAACCAUAACGACUCAGCAUCUAUCAAUCUUGACCGGUCUACCCUUGAGAACGAAGGGCUAGGGAUCUAUACGAAUCUCGAACGAGAUCGGAGGUAUGGAGAUAUUGCUACGUCUCGAAGAGCCGGGACCACCUCCCACAAUAGAUCUACAAGUGGAACAUCGCAAUUUUCUGCCACAACCGCAUCUAGCACACUUAAACCGGGAUUGCAAUACGUUCAUCCUAUGCGCCAGACCCCUCAUAUUGGCCAGUUCAGUGCAGAUUUGGAUGAUGCUGCGUCCUCCAACCGAGACGUUUUCGCGCAGCCAUCGGAACCCCAGCCUUAUCGGAUUCAUCCUAGCUCGUUUACAAAUAUUUCUUCGUCAGUUCUGUCAAACCAUGCUCGGGAGAGCUAUGAGGCCCCUUCGCCCCUAUCAAGAAGCUCUCUCGACUUUACCUUCCGUUCAAGAACCCGCACCAAUACGGAUCCAUCAGCUAGAGCAGCCGCAGUCGAGGCUGCUCGACAAGCCUUUGAGGACAAAGAGGCCGCCAAACAGCGCAAGCUGGACAAGCAAAAUAUGAAGGCCCAGGACCGUGAACUUCGACGGCAGGAGAAAAAGGAGCAUCAAUUUUCACUAUCAACCGCCACUUCUUCCCUGGGUAGGCGUUCCCAUGAGAAACGAAAUUCCUCUGAAGGUCGCUAUUCAGGACGCAAGCCUAUGAGUGAGAAGCGCGAUAAUGCGACUGGCGAUUAUGCCUUUACGCAUAACAACCCCAGCCGCACAUUUGAAAGCCCGAAGAGUGCUUGGGUUCUAUUUAUCACCUGGCUGCGGACAAAGCUGUUCAAAAUGAGCAGGAAAUUGAGCAUGAAGAAGAAGAAGAAAAAGGCAUGA